GAUUUUUUCUUUUCACUUUUCUUAUUAUAAUCUUAAUUUAAACACAUAAAUGUUGUAAUUUAUAUAUUUUUUAAAGUAUGAUUUUUUACUGUUAUAAUUAACAUUGUCGCUAAAACUUUAUUAAUGUGUAGUAGUUUAGAACGAAAUUUUAAAGAGCAAUAUUUAUUAAAUUAAAUAUCUUAAUUAUUUUUAUUUGAUUUGCUAAAGAAGUAUUUCAAGUUUCUUUAUGAAGAAUAAUUUCAUUCAAUAUUGCUAGUUUAUUAGUUUUUUUGGCAAUGCCAUUAAGCUUAAUUUAACAUAAUCUUAAAUAAUUUUAAUUUACAAUCAUAUUUGCUCUUUAAUUUUUUCAAGUUAAUUUUGGUGUUUGUAGAAAUUCUUUAUUGUAUUUAUAGCACUUUUAUAAGUUUUCUUUAUUUCUUAUGUACAACUUUGUUAAUGUAAUUAUUUAAAGUUUUUUUUUUUCUUCUUAUUUGUUUUGUAAAUGGUGUUGGUAAAUAUGUAACUAAACUCUUUGAAACAUACUUAACACAAACAUACACUAAACUUACAAAUGAAAAACCGCACACAACCCCAAAAUACAAAGCACUCUCAAAUACACAUUGUAAAAUAUAAAAUAUGUUUUUCAAAAAAAAAAAUAUAUAUCGUUGCACAAAAUCGCAAAAUACUACCACAAACAAGACUUGUAAAUGUAGUAACCCAGUAAACAUUAAGUUGUGUUCUCUAUCAUUCGGUAGGAUUCAAUUUUAAAAUUGUGAAUUUUUAAAAAAUUGAUUUUGAAGAACUCUAUUUAAUUUAAAAUUGUUUAAACCGGAAUUCAUUCAAUAACUUUACAUUAAAACCAACCAAAGAAGGUUUAACAAAAUCUAUUUAAUACUAAUAAAGAAAUUUAGAAAACCAUAUCUUUGAAUAAUCUGUCAGUCAUAAGUUCUAGCUAAGCUAUAACGAAACAACUACAACUACUCGACAUAUUUAAGAAUUUAAUAUAUUUCAUUCAACUUUAAUAUUUAUGCUUGCUGGGUUUUAGCACACACCCUCUUUCCUAAGUUUGAUGGGAGGAGGGUCACAUAGAUACAUAUGUAUGUAUGAAUUUAAUAAGAUAUUUUGUAAUUGCAAUAAUUAUGCAUAUUAUAUUCUAUGCUACGUCAUGCAAUCGUUAUUUUUAAUAAGAUUUUCUUCUUCCCUUAUCGAAGCCCCAAAAGAUUAUUUCCGUUUUAUUUCCUUAUUUAUGAGUAUUCUUUUAAGACAAAUACAUACCACCACACCCUGUCCAACGAUUGAAUCAAAAAUAUUUCAACAUGUAAUGUUUUUUUAUUACAUGACGCCCGAAUACUUAUUAAACAUUUUUCAUUUCCUUCUAAAUAGUACUCAAUUAAUCCCCGGGGAUAUUACACCAAACAUGUUUAUCCCCAUUUAAAAAAAGGACAGGCAUACUAAAGGGGGAUGUUUUGUUUAUAAAUCGAAAAUGUAACAAUUCGUUUGUGUAAACACAUGCAUUGCAAAUAAGGUUAUUAACUAAAAUGAUGAUAAAUUUGCUGAUAAUAGGAAUAUAUUAUGUAAACAUAAAUUAUCCCCAUAUAACACCUUUCAACAAUGUCCUUAUUGUAACAUCCUCCCCUGAUAAUACAGAUUUUAAUCAAAUUUUGAAAAAAGUAACAAAAAUUCCUUAAGCUGAGGGAGGUUAUUUUUAAACGUUUGGGUAAUAAUUCAUAAAGAAAUGAUUAAAAAUAACUGUGGAAUUUAUACAGUUUUAUUUUAUUAUUUCAGUUAAAGAUUGUAUAAUUUUGAAAUAAAAAAUGCAUUUUUUAUUUUCUUUUUUUUUUUUUGCUUCCCACAAUCUGUUUUAUUUUUAUGUUUUGCGUCAAAAUACGCACAAGAAGAUAAUAAUUUUAUGACUAUUAUUCAUACUCAUGUUUUAAACAAAAAAUUUUCCAUUUCUUCUUUAGUUUUUCUAUAAAUAAACAAAUUGUUUUUAAAAAUGCAUGUUUGCUAUACAAAUUUCUCAUUGUGUGUGAUGAAAUAUUUCAAGAAAAUUCAAUUUUAAUUUCUAAUAAAACUCCAUUUUAUUUAUGCAAAUCAUAUACAUAUUUCUGUCUGCGAAUUAGAAUAUCAAUCAACAUCAAAUGUGUGAAGAUCAAUUGUUAUUUGGCAAAUUUUAUCAAUAUGAAAUUUUAUCAACGAAAAAAUGAAAAACAUCUGAUUUUGACGUAGCAUUUGCCCCGUCUCAUGAUAAUUUUUCUUAUCGCUCAUAUUAUUUUUAACUCAUUCAUGUUAAUUGCCAACUAAAAAACAUAUACACACAUAUACAUAUUUUAAACGUAUUAUCUAAUGUUGAGCGAUUUUUUCCGUGGGUAUUGAAUGAUUUUCAGAUUUUCCUUUUCAUUUUUAAUUAGUUUUUGUCAACUGGCAACAAAAUCCAAUACAAAUUAAUAGUAAUUCUUUUAGAUUAUUUAAAAAUAUAUAUAUACAUCAUACAUAUCUAAUCAUUACAUAAACAGGAUAUAUUGAUCUAUUUAAUAGACACAAUUAAAUGAAAAUAGAAGUGGUCUGAUGUGAAUUAUAUAAAAUAUACUUAGGUACCAAUGAUUUUUAAUUACACAAUUGAUUGAUUGCAUUUCAUUUUAGUACUAAUGCAUUAUUAUAAUAAAUUUCAUUAUAAUUUUCUUUUAAUUUCUGGGUGUUAAUCUAGAAAAACAGGUGAUUUUGUUAAUAACAUUUUAAUAACGUUAAAGUGCUAAUUUUAUUAUAACCCUUUCCUCAAUUAAACGUCAACAAAUUAUAACACAUUUUUUACAUAUUUUUGCGAAAACACAUGAUUAUAAAUUUUAAUACUACUCAAGAGUUUUAAAUAACACAGGCCAACAAAAAUUGGAAAAACCACAGAGAUCAGAGUAUACAUUUUUAAAGGAAUGAGCUGUUCUUAAUCCGAAUCUUCCUUCUAUCUUUAAAAAUCCCGUGUUUCGUCAUAUUUGAGAGAUUAUAACAUCGCGAAUACAACUUCGUUUAUGAAAUGUAUUAUGUCAUCUGAAAGUCCAAUCUGGCGACUUUAAAAUAAGGGCUUAAUAUCUUUUAAAUGUUUUCCCUUCCUUGACUUAUCUUAAUUUAAAUUAUACUUUGGUCUCUGUGUUAAAAAUGUGUUGUCCUGUGUAAUAAAUUUUUUAAAGCGUAAAAUUUUCCAUGGAAAAGUUUUUCUGAAUGUAAAAGACAUGAAUUUUUUUAAUUUAUCAAUCGUCUUUAUAUCAUUUAGUGAUCUUUUCAACAUUUCAAAUUUCUAUAAAAAUAAUUUAUAAUUUAUGCGAAAAAUAUAAAAGUCUCGGAAACCUCAUUAUAAGCAAUUCCCUCAACAUUUAUAAAAUUAUGGACAUUUACCCCUGACAGUUUUUUUAAUUUAAAUAACAAAAACCCUUCCUUUUGGGCAAUUUUUUGGGGUGUGUAAGUGCGUGCGUGCGUGAGUGCUAGUAAAUUUUUACAUGCAAAUAUUAAAAUAUCUUCUUUUGUUCAACUCUUAAACCAACACCAUUUCUCAAAUAACUUUUUUGAAUUUAAAUGUUUUCUGUGCUUUUCAUACUAUCUUUUCUACUGGUUUUAAAAGUUUAGUUGUUGUUAAUUUAACAGUAAAAAUUAGCAUACUAGAAAAAAAUAUUUAAAUUUAACAACACUUUAAAUGUUUAAUGGAAAAAAUCACACUAAAAAUCACCAUUUUCAACAAAACGUAAACUUGUAGUUAUCACUAACUGCAGCUUUUGAUAUUUCACAAUUAUUUUGUUAACACUAAAUGUUAAAAUUCUUCUUUAAUAUUAAAGAAUUUUUAAAAAUUAAAAUCAAUAGUUAGUGUUUACUUCAAGUUACAAUUUUAUUGAAAAUAGGGCUUAAACAAUAAUAUAUUUGUUUAAUGUUUUUAUAUCACGUUAUCAUAUUUAGUUUAAAACGUAAACUUAAGGUACGUUCACACCUAUGAAAUAUUUGCAUAAAAUAUUUUUUCACUUGUUUGUUGUAAAACAUAUGAAAUAAAAACAGAGUUGGUUUUAUGUUCACAUUGUGACAAAAUAUUUGCCGUUUUUUGUUUCAUGAAACAGCUGUCAAAUAGCUAAAAAUAUAAACAGAAAAAACUUGUUUGCCGCCCGUUCAGAUUGAACAAAAUAUUUGUGUGAAAUAAUUGUUUAGUGAAAUAGUAAACAAACAGAAAUUUAUUUGUUUGAAAUGAAUAAUGAAGAUACUUUUCUUCUUUUAUGCUGUGGUGUUGUAUCAGUAAUUCUUUUGGAAGGGAAAAAAGAAAAACAAGAAAGAGUAUGGGUUCGUGAGUGGGUGCGAAGGCGAAAAGAGGAAGGGUGUUGCGCAAAGUUGUUGAAAGAGCUUCGCUUGGAAACUCCAACACUGUAUCACAACUUUUUAAGAAUGAAGGCAAAAGAUUUUGAUUAUUUGUUAAAUCUAGUUAAGCCUCUAAUAACGAAGCAGACUACAAGAUUCCGGGAACCCAUUUCUGCCACCGAACGUUUAGCGGUUACUCUUCGUUACUUGGCAACAGUUCCAGGAGUUUGUAAUGCAAUUUACAAUGUACUUCAGCCGGAAUAUUUAAAGACACCAUCAACCAUCGAAGAAUGGAAAGCUAUAUCUGAGGAGUUUUUGCAUAAGUGGAAUUUUCCCAAUUGCAUAGGAGCUUUAGACGGAAAGCACGUGGUUAUGAAAGCACCAGCACAUUCAGGAAGUAUUUAUUACAAUUAUAAAGGCACACAUAGCAUAGUCCUAAUGGGGAUUUCGGAUGCAUCUUAUAAAUUCCUGUAUAUUGAUGUUGGAUCAAAUGGUCGGAUAUCAGAUGGUGGCGUUUUUCGCAAAAGUUCCUUCAAUGAAGCUAUGACCAAUAAUAAACUUAAUUUGCCACCUUCUGAACCACUUCCAUCUAGAAAUAUUCCGGUACCAUAUGUGCUUGUUGCUGAUGAUGCAUUCGCUAUCUCACCACACUUGUUAAAACCCUAUAGCUUGCGAACAUUAACGGCAACACAAAGAAUUUAUAAUUAUAGAUUGUCAAGAGCGAGAAGGGUUAUAGAAAAUGCUUUCGGAAUUCUAUCUGCUCGUUUUAGAAUAUUACGAAGCGCAAUAAUGCUUGAACCCACGAAAGUACGCACAAUAACUUGUGCUUGCUGUGCUCUGCACAAUUUUUUGAUGACCCAAAAAAAAACCGUAUAUUUCAAUCCGAAAUUGGUUGACCACUAUUCCGAGGAUGGCACUCUAAUCCCUGGUGAAUGGCGGAAUGACAUCGACCAAAAUUUACCAAACCUCCGACCACACCGCUCAUAUGUUAAUCAAGAAACCUCAGUAAUUCGAGAAGAAUUCUCCCAAUAUUUUAUUGAAGAGGGAGAAGUUCCGUUUCAAUAUAAACAUAUAUAAAAAUUCUACAGAAAGACUGUUGGUUUUUUAUAUAGCUAAUUCAGUUAUUAAUAUUACCACGAUAAUAAAGAAAAUUUAUAAAAAAAAAUAUGAUUUUCUUAAUUUAAAUUUCUAAAUCGGUUAUAAAUUUCUACUUGUAAAUAGUUUACAGAAAAAAUCAAAUAAAUAAUAAUAUUAAAACUAUGAUUCAGUCCAGUCUAGCCUAUAACCAAGUCUAAAGUCUAGACUAUAGACUACAUUAUAAACUAGUAUAUUCU